AUGGCGAAGAAGGGCAAGAAGGAUAAGGAGGCAAAGAAGGCCCGUGGUGAACAAAAGCUGAAGAAGAAUCAGGGGAAGGCAGAAUUGAAAGAUAAGAAGAAAGCAAAGAAGGUCUUAGCAGAUGACGAUGAAGACGAUGAUAUGGAUUUAGAAGAAGUCCUGGCCAGCUUCAAGAAGGAACAGGAACAGUUUGAAAAAGUUGUCGUGGAGUCAGUGGACAAACCUUCCGCGAGAAUCAAUCCAUGUUUAGUAUCAAAUCCUGCUCAUGGUAAGAAAGAAUUGAUUCUUUUUGGUGGUGAAUAUACAAACCAGUCGAACUCUACUACUCAUUUUUACAAUGAAUUAUUUACCUUCACACCUGACAAUGAUCAAUGGAGGAAGAUAUCAUCUCAAAAUGCUCCAAUGCCAAGAUCUUCCGCUGCCAUGGCGGCUCAUCCAAGUGGUAUUGCAUUGUUGCACGGUGGUGAGUUCUCUUCUCCCAAGCAGAAUACAUUUUAUCACUAUUCAGAUACUUGGUUAUUGGAUUGUACUACAAAAGAAUGGACCAAAUUGGAUCAGAAAAAUGGUCCUGCAAGCCGUUCAGGUCAUAGAAUGACUGUAUGGAAAAAUUUCUUUAUCAUGUAUGGUGGUUUCAGAGAUUUGGGCACUUCUACCACAUAUCUCAACGAUUGUUGGCUUUUCGACAUUACGACUCACAAGUGGACUCAGGUGGAAUUCCCCAGAAACCAUCUAAUACCUGACGCUAGGUCCGGUCACUCUUUUAUCCCUGAUCAAGAAGGUGCUAUUUUGUGGGGUGGUUAUUGUAAAGUGAAAGCAGGAAAAGGUUUACAAAAGGGUAAGAUUCUUACUGAUUGUUGGUAUUUGAAGAUGAAUAGUACACCAAGUGCCAUUAGAUGGGAAAGACGUAAAAAACAGGGAUUUCAACCAUCACCUCGUGUGGGUUGCUCAAUGGUACCUCAUAAAGGUAGAGGUGUUUUAUUCGGAGGUGUCUACGAUUUUGAGGAAACUGAGGAAAGUUUGGAUUCGAAUUUUUAUAACGACUUGUUCACCUUCCAGAUUAAAACUAACCGCUGGUACAGCUUGUCUUUAAGACCACAAAGAAAGAAGCAGGUGAAGAUCAGCAAAUCAAGCACAAAGGAUCAAGAAAAAGAACUUCAAGAUCACUUGAAUCGAAUCUUACAGCAGGCUCAGCUAUACGACCAAGAUGAGGACAAAGAAGAUGACAAGGCCAUCCGUGAGCAGUUCGAGGAUGAAAACCAGAGUGGGGAUGAAGAUGAAGAAGAAUCUACUAAGAAACAACAUACAAUUAGUACUCAGUUACCUCAUCCAAGAUUCAACACAUCUUUGGCAGUUGUUAAUGAUACUUUGUUCAUCUAUGGAGGUUUAUGGGAAUUAGGUGACAAGGAUUACAAUAUCGAUUCCUUCUACGGCAUUGAUUUGAACAAAGUCGAUGGUGUCACUGUCUAUUGGGAGAACCUUGCAGAGAUAGAAAAGGCCAAAAAAUUGGCAGAACAAGGGUCUGAUGAGGAUGAAGAUGAUGAAGACGAGGAAGAUGAGGACGAAGACGAUGAUGAGGAAGAGGUCAGAGACCAAGUCCUUGUCGCAGAGGAAGAGGAUGCAGAAGAAGACGAAGAAGUGGAAGAAGAGGAAAUGGAAAUCCCGGAUCCACGACCGUGGUUACCGCACCCAAAGGCUUUCGAGUCUUUGCGUGCAUUUUACGUUCGUGCUGGUCCUCAAUUCUUAGAAUGGGCCAUUUCGAAUAACAGAGACGCAAGAGGUAAACACCUGAAACAAAAAUCCUUUGAUCUGUGUCAAGAUCGUUGGUGGGAGAGAAGAGACCAAGUACGUAUCGAAGAAGACAAGAUGGAAGAAUUGGGCGGUGUUGGUGAUAUUGUAGAGAGAAAUCCCGCUCAAAAAACUAAGAGACGUUAA